AUACUAAUUUAAAUGUUUAAAGGUAAUUUGGUGAUAAAAUAAGUUAUAGUUUUAAAUUAUUUACAACUUCGGGUAUUUACGGUCGUGUAAAGUUUGUGCGUGCGCAACAUUCACAACAAGCGCAAGCCGAACAAUUUUAAGGUUGUGUUACUACGUUUGUGUACGAUUUUAACAUUUUACAACUGCAAAUUGUGUGCAUUUUCGUAAAAAAAUGCCGGCAUUGGACGUGCUCAAUCCUAUUGAGCAUCAAGUGAACAGCAACAAUGAAAACCCGAGCGAUCCAGGGCAUAUAAAUCCCGUGGUGGGUAUAAUCUAUCCACCUCCAGAGGUGCGCAACAUUGUUGACAAGACUGCCAGUUUUGUUGCGCGAAAUGGGCCUGAAUUCGAGGCGCGCAUUCGGCAAAAUGAACUUGGCAAUCCCAAGUUCAACUUUCUCAGCAUUGGAGACCCAUAUCAUGCUUAUUAUGAGCAUAAAGUCACAGAGUUUCGUGAAGGGAAAGCUAUUGAACCUUCAUCAUCAAUCUCUGCAUCAAUUGCUAAACUUGCAUUGAACUCACAACAAAAACAACAGGAAAUUUUGAAAUCUGUUGAGCAACCAUUCAUUCCAAAGGAUCCACCAACCGAAUUCGAGUUUAUUGCUGAUCCACCAUCGAUUUCCGCUCUUGAUUUGGACAUAGUAAAACUAACAGCGCAGUUUGUGGCACGUAAUGGCCGGCAGUUCCUCACUCAAUUGAUGAAUCGUGAACAACGCAACUUCCAAUUCGAUUUUCUCCGCCCGCAACACUCUUUAUUUCAAUAUUUCACAAAAUUACUCGAACAAUAUACAAAGGUACUCAUUCCGCCUAAAAGUUUGCAACCCAAAUUACGCGAGGAAGCCGCCAGCGGACAAUCUGUACUUGAUAUUAUAAAAUACCGCGCUGAAUGGCAGCGAUAUCAAGAACAACAACGCGCCAGGGAGGAAGAAAUCCUCGAACGCGAACGUGUCGCAUACGCACAAAUCGACUGGCAUGACUUCGUCGUGGUUGAAACAGUCGACUAUCAACCAUUUGAAAUGGGAAACUUCCCUCCACCAACAACACCAGAAGAAGUUGGUGCGCGUAUUUUAAUCCAAGAACGUUUAGAAGAAGGCGAAGACAUUGAAAUGCAACUGGAAAGCGACGAAGAUGAUAACGAACAAGGAUUAAGUCACAUGGAAGACCGCACUGCACGUAAAUCAGACAAAGAUGACAAUCGCUUGCAGGAUAUGGAUGAAGAAAGCUCCGGUGAUGAAGAUGAACGUCCUCCGACUAUACAACCAGUGCUACCACCUGCAUUAGACAAGGUUGUAGUAAAGAAAUACGAUCCUAAACAAGCGGUUAAAGUCUCCCGACCGACUGUGGGCGAUGAUUAUCUCAUUUCACCGAUUAACGGUGAACGCAUCCCGGCUUCCAAAGUACAGGAACACAUGCGUAUUGGGUUGCUUGAUCCACGAUGGGUUGAACAGCGCGAUAAGCAUAUUGUUGAUAAAAUUAAUCAGGAUACAGUCUAUGCGGCUGGGUCGGCCAUUGAUGCCAGUUUGAAGUUGUUGGCGGAACGUCGUACGGAUAUCUUCGGUGUUGGCGAUGAAGAAACAGCGAUUGGUAAGAAAAUCGGCGAGGAGGAGACUAGGAAAGAUGAGAAAGUCACCUGGGAUGGGCAUACGUCAAGUGUGGAGGCGGCUACAAGAGCAGCACGAGCGAAUAUUACGCUGGAGGAUCAAAUUCAUCAGAUUCACAAGGUGAAAGGUUUAUUGCCAGAUGAAGAGAAGGAGAAGAUUGGACCGAAGAAUGUGGGGAGGAAAAUGGGUGGUGCUGUGAUUAGUGCUAAGCCUCAAGCUAAUCCAAAUCCAAUUCCGGUUAAACCUCCGCAAGUACAACAACCGCCACCAAUGCCCAUGCCGGUGCAAGCUGCGCCUACUUUAAUGCCAACCCAGUCGAUUAUGAUGAUGCCAGCGCCACCCAUUGCACAAAUGAGGCCACCGCCACUUAUGAUGGCUGGUCCGCCACCUAUGGCAGGUUUUGUAACUCCUCUACCCCCGCAAAUGGGUCCACCAAUGAGUAUGCCCAUGAAACACCCGAGUGAAACCCCUCUUGAAGAUGAGCCAGCCUCCAAGAAGGCUCGCAAUGAAGAUUCGCUCAUUCCUGAAGAAUUAUUCUUAGCGAAAAAUCCAGCUUCUCUUUCAGUUAAAGUUAACAUUCCAAUGGCUCCGGAAAAAUCCGAAUGGAAGCUAGCUGGACAAACAUUGGCUGUUACCUUACCAUUGGGUGAUGCUGUGUCUGUUUUGAAAGCGAAGAUUCAAGAGGAGUGUAAUAUGCCGCCGGCUAAACAGAAGUUGCUUUAUGAGGGGAUGUUCUUUAAAGAUCAAAACACUCUGGCUUACUACAAUGUAGUGUCUGGUGCAGUGAUCCAACUCCAGGUUAAGGAACGUGGUGGACGCAAGAAAUAAUCAUACUUGUAUUUUCUUUUUAAAUAUUAAGAUACAUAAAUAUUAAAUUUUACUAUAAUUGCUAGAAUUUAGGUUAGAAGUGUUUAGUCUUUGCGUUUCUGUGGCGUUAGUACCAUUACGAUAAAGAUUCAAAUGCUUAUAUUGCAUGAAAUUAAAUUUUUUAUGUGAAA